CCUGCCGUGCCUGUAUCUACUGUAGAGUUGCGCCAGGCUGUACGUCUCCAUUAUAUAACUUUAAUGGACUCACGAGUUUAACGCCGCGGGAGCAAAGCGCAGGACCACGCAUCUGUCCCGUCUUCUACUCGCAUUUAUUUGGUGGAUCUUGAGUGGAGAGAUUGAAAAACGAGGAGGGAGAUAUUGGUCACUUUACCCCCUGCUGGCGACGCGAGUUUAAAGUUGUCUACGUCUCGCAGAAAACGCUGGUGCGCGCAGCGGCUCUCAUGGACUCUACAUGUAGGUCAGCGAACCGAGUGUACUUUUCUGCACCAACGCUGUUUUUUCCAGAUCAUGUUUUCCUUCUGCAGGAGGAUAAAGCCCCGUACGGAUACCACUGACAUUCUAACACCCAGCGUUUUCCAAGCUUGACACAGGUCUAUUUUUUAAUACAAUUUGGACGGACAGAUGACCUAAACUGGAGAAGCGCAUCUCAACUGAAACUACAGGAUAAAGCAAUGGAUCAGGGAGGACUGAAGCGCAACGGUAAUCGAGACGACAGCCUGACAUUUCAGGAGCCUGUUGGAGUUGGAGUGGGCAGAGAGUCAGUAGACACAGCUGGUUCGCUGCUACAUGCUAACAUGCAUCUCCCCAACAACAACACCGCCUCUCUGCAGAUGUCCCAGCCCGCCGUGGCCUCCAACGGACGGGUCGCUCCCAAAACUCAAGCGACCCUGGUGAAUCUUUUUGAGUCUCCAGAUAUUUGUUUCAACAUUGAGGACAACCUGCCCGUGGUGAACCAUGGCAGCGCCGAUCUGGAUCUGGAUCUGGACGGCUCCACGAACAUCAUCAACUCCUCGGAAACGUCUGUCCUGAGGAACCUGCCUAUCCCAGAUCUGUUUGGGUCUAACAUCAAGCAGGAGCAGGAUUUCUCUCUGCCCAAGGACCUGGGAGGUUAUAACGUGCACCCCGGCUCAUGUGACCUGGAUAACACCAACGUCAGACUCAUGGAGAACAGCGAGAUUUUGCAGGGUCUGGACCUUCCCGGGACUCUGCCUGAAAUCAGUGAUAUUGAGUUUGAUUCUGAAAUGGCCCACCUCUGUAAGAUCCUCCACGAAACCAGCAACAACGUGGGGGUUCCGAUGCGGGGCAUGUCAAAGGAAACCAAGCCCCUAAUGGGUAACGGAGGGCACUGCUCUGGCGUGAACGGGACAGACCCCCACCACGGCUCCAUGCUCCACCAGACCCAGGACGUGCCCCUUCUCCACCACCAGCCCUCCUCGCUCCUCUCCAGCGUCAUGGUAAAGAUAGAGAAGGAGGACGACUUCAUUCACAUCCAAACCCCCGGAGUCAAGCAGGAGAAGUCGGACAACUCGUCUUACUGCGCCAGCCAGUGUCUCCAGAACAGCUCUCUGCACGGAGGCCCCAUUCCCCCCUCUAUCGGGCACGGGUACCACUACAGACCCGCCCCGGCCUCCACCGUAACCUUGCCCGAGCAGAAGCCGUUCGCCAUGUACCCCUCGCUGCCCUCGGUGGAAGAGGGCUGGGCGCGGGGCAGGUACGGGGAGGGGUCCGGGAUGCAGAGGAGCGAGAACGGACUCUCCUCCGCCGCCUCCUCGCUGGCGCCGUACCCUCUGAACUUCUCCAGCUCCACGUCCCGGACAGGAGACGCUGGUUCCUCCUCGGUGCAGAGCCAGUCCAAAUCAGGGAGCACCCAUAAGAUCUGCCUGGUGUGCUCCGACGAGGCCUCCGGAUGCCACUACGGCGUCGUCACCUGUGGGAGCUGCAAGGUGUUCUUCAAGAGAGCCGUGGAGGGAUGGAGAGCACGCCAAAACACUGAUGGUCAACACAACUAUCUGUGCGCCGGGAGGAACGACUGCAUCAUCGACAAGAUCCGCAGGAAGAACUGUCCCGCCUGCCGCUUCAGGAAGUGUCUCCAAGCCGGAAUGAACCUGGAAGCGAGAAAAAACAAGAAGCUGAUCAAGAGAAUCAACCAGGGUCGACCGCCGCAGGACCCCAGGCCCCACAUGCCGGUCCCCAUCAUCCCCAUGGGCCUGUCCCAGCUGGUGCCCACCAUGCUGUCUGUCCUGAAGGCCAUCGAACCAGAGAUCAUUUACUCGGGCUACGACAGCACCGUCCCCGACACCUCCUCCCGCCUCAUGACCACCCUCAACCGACUGGGCGGGCAGCAGGUCAUCUCCGCGGUCAAGUGGGCCAAGUCUCUGCCAGGCUUCCGUAACCUGCACCUGGACGACCAGAUGACGCUGCUGCAGUGCUCCUGGCUCUUCCUCAUGUCCUUCAGUUUGGGCUGGAGGUCGUACGAGCAGUGUAACGGCAGCAUGUUGUGCUUCGCCCCGGACCUCGUCAUCAACAAAGAGCGCAUGAAGCUGCCCUUUAUGAACGAGCAGUGUGAGCAGAUGCUGAAGAUCUGUAACGAGUUUGUGCGGCUCCAGGUGUCCUACGAAGAGUACCUGUGCAUGAAGGUCCUGCUGCUGCUCAGUACAGUCCCAAAAGAUGGUCUGAAAUGCCAGGCGGUGUUCGACGAGAUCCGCAUGACGUACAUCAAAGAGCUGGGAAAGGCCAUAGUGAAAAGGGAGGAGAACUCGAGUCAGAACUGGCAACGCUUCUACCAACUCACCAAGCUACUGGACUCCAUGCAGGAGAUGGUAGAAGGCCUCCUCCAGAUUUGCUUCUACACGUUUGUGAAUAAAACGCUGUGUGUGGAGUUCCCCGAGAUGUUGGCAGAAAUCAUCUCCAACCAGAUACCAAAACUCAAGGACGGGAGCGUCAAGCCACUCUUGUUCCACUCAAAAUGACUGCCUUAAGCUGUGAAGCAAUGCCUUAAUCAAACCCCAGCCCCAUCUGUACUGUACUGUGUAGGCUACUACUCCUACGACCCGUGGCAUCAGCUUUUUGUCUUUGCUUGUCCUGCCUGCCGGUCUCCAUUCCGGAUGCUUUCGAUCUGGGACUUUUCGCCAUUUUCACGUCAUGUUUAGUGAGUUUUAGGAGCACAAUAACCACCUUGGAUUUGCCUUCGAGGUUGCGACUUGGCGUCCUGUGACAUAAGACUACGGGGAGCUGGUUUUGAAUGUUUUAAGGCAGGACAAAAAAUGGAUUUUCUUUCAUUUUUUAAGUCCCACUCGGAGAUUUACUGCUGCGUCGACACCUUGCUCUCACCUCAAUUUUUGGCCCGAUAUGUCCACAAGUGAAAUAUUGUCGCCUAAUUCUGGUUCGGUCCCCAGUUUGGAGAAGAGUAUUCAUUUUUUGUGUGAAAUGAAGAGUGUGUAAUUCAAAAAUAUAUGUAUAAUUUCACUCUCUGUUCACCCCCAGGACACCAAUGGACAAAACUGUGAAUUGUAAUAGAAGCAGGUUUCUAGACCAAUUUAGUUUUUCAAAAGUCAAAAGGAUUUUUCUUUUUUUUUCCUAUUUUAAGUGUGCGUUUUUCAAAGUCCACAAAGCUAAUGUUUACACAGGAUGUAUCUGAGAAGGGAAGACCAGUGCCUUUUUUAAGCUUUCCGAGCUCCACAUAGCCAUCCACCCAAAAGCUGUUUUUGUUAAAGAACCUUGACUUAUACUUCCCCCAUACGUCGUACAUACAGUAGUCGGUUUUGAAAUUUCCACCCAGGCGAUUCCUGUUUUGGUUCCAGUUGCUUUUCUCUUAGCGCUACUCAAAUGCACAGCGCUUAUAUAAGAAUUCCCAGAUGUGGUUGAAACACAAGACAAGACACUAUGCCAACAGUGAAAAUUGGGAAAUGUCAGGAAGUUUUCCAUAUAACAUAGCGUAGAUCUACUGCACCUGUCUAAUUCGGAUUUUUUUCGUCAUUAUUUUAAAUUUAAUACUAGCAUAUUACUAACUAAGGCUACAUGUACAUACACCGACACGCCAAGCUCAUACUAGACUUAUCUGGAUAUAAUCAAACCUACCGUAUUUUCCGGAGUUUAACUCUAUUGUGGCGGAUGUUAUUGUCGCGGUUUCCGGACUUUCCAUUACCGUAACUCCGCAACCAAUUGUGCGAUCGUGUAAAUUCAAACUGCGUCUCAAAGCAGAGGCAUGAGGCUAUUUAAAUAUGUUACUGUCAUUACGGUAAUGUGCUUAACGUUGUCCCUCGAAGACGACCAAUCAGAGCGCAGGUGCCAUCAGGAUUCUCCCAGUCAGUUAUUCGGUGCGUCAAAGAAAAAAUAUGGAUGAAGAUGUAAAAUAGAGGUAGUUGUGUGAAGAAAGGCAAAAGUACAUGCUGAUACUUCCUUUAGCAUGAUUUUUAUGGCUAAAAAAAGAAGAAAAACCCCGUCUAGGCGAGCUGCAAUGGUCUAAAAUGUGCUCAGUCCUUAAAGGGAUAAGUCGCACUAGCCAGAAAAUGCAUAACAACGCAGAAAAAAAACAUAUAUUUCACUUAUAAGUUGCAUCUGAGUAUAAGUCGCACCCCAAACUACGAAAAAAAGUGCGACUUAUACUCCGGAAAAUACGGUAAUUGCUUUUCAGAAUGAUUGUCAAUUGAAAACCAGGUUAUUUAAACGAAUCACUCAUAUUUUAAAAGUACAAAACCAUUUUAAUCCGUCAUUAAACAGCAUCAGUGACUUUGAAUGUACAUACUUUACUGUUGGCUAUGUAAAACAGACUUUUCCUGUAUCUGCAAGUGUAAUAUUCACAUCGUAACCUGACUAUAUUUCCGUGUCCUACAUAAAAAAAAAAAGAAGAGUUUUACUUACAAAGAGUCCGUUUAAUCCCCUUCCUCCUUUUACGAGCAUACGAUUCUCUUCAUUGACCCAAUAUUUGGCGAUAAAUGUUUCUGUAGAUACGUUCCCAUGAUUCCCACGCACACGGAUAGUGCAGGUGACCCUUUUUCCGGAGAAGUGGUGUCCCAAAUCCUCCUUUCUCAGGCUGUGACCGGAUGUGUUUCACUAGUGCCAAAAGUCUUAGCAGGUUUAGUAGAGAUUUUAUUUUUUCAAAAGAGAGAGAGAGUAAAUACAAAUAUUACUAAUUUAAAAAUAAUAUGGUGAUUGUUAUGCUUCAGGUUGUUCCAGCUUCAAGUAUUUUUGUGUAAUAUAUCAGAUCGAAUCUUGUAUUUUUGGAUUUGAAGGUGGUUAAAAAAAAAAAAAACGUAUACCUUUUCACCAGCUUUUGUGAUGGCCAAAGCAUUCAUAGUGCAGUGAAUUAAAAGCACACACCUAACAGAAAAUAUAUAUAUCGACGAAACUGCCAAGUCUGUCGCAACAAAACCGCAAAAAUAUUUAGAUGGUACUUUUGUUUUUUCCUUUCGCAAUGGUAAACAACAAACGGCAGUUAGCAUAAGCGCAUAAGCCGCAGUGACAGCUCGCUUUAUGCUAACAAAAUGGCCGCCCGUGUAGAUGUGAACCACUAUUUUAUAAUUAACCGUUGAUUCUGGAUUAUUGUGGCUAUCCUUACUGUCGUUUCUUUACAGUAUUGCAGUCAAUGGUGGUGGUGCUUGAAAAAUACCAGCUUUAACAUAAACAUUAAUGUAAUCAUAUCAUUAUUUCUCAAAGGCCAUAUAGAUGUACAUAGAUUUUGGCUUUUACUGCAGCGCGGAUGUAUCCAGUGCAAUUGAUGUCUGUUAUAUUAAUACAAGAUAUUUUUACAUGGUCAUAACCUCUUAAUAUAUGCUUUUUACACAUUUUAAAAACUACUAGGCCUUGAAGAAAGGGAGACACACAGCCAUAUUAUUUUUACAGUAUAUAUAAAUAUAUAUAUUGUCAAAAUCAGGAACCCUCAAUCAAUAUAUAAAUGCUUUUAAUUUACAAGAUACUUCUGCGAUUUUUCAACUCCAGCUCCUUUGAUAUAAAAAUUUUGUAUAUUGAAGUUCUUGUUUCCGUUGGUUCGUGUGUAAAGGUUGUUACAGUAGGAAACGUUUUGAUUUUAAAAUGGACAAAAAAAUAUAUUGUGAAGUCAUUGUAAAAUAGUGGGGAAGUGUACACUGUGUUUUUAAGAAGCUACGGCGGGAUAAGAGAAAAGGGGCGGACGUGAGGGUUUAUUAUCAGAGUGACCAAAGCAGAAGAGGACAAACUAUUUACACAAAAAUAUAGACAAACUAGUAGCACUUAAACCGAUUCUAGUACUUUUGUUAUUUUUGAUGGUAUCUUGUAUUGCUGUGAGGAAUUACUGGUCACUUUAAAAAAUAGAGGAUAAAAUUAUUGUGGUAAAUCUAGCCAAACAGAAUUGCACUACCCUCACACUGGCUGAUAAAGUCUAUUUUGUAUAAAAACUAAAACAUGCAAAUAUUAUCUUUUAAGUUUUAAGGGCAGAUGUUAUUCACUGGUAUAUUAUGGCUAUGGCUUUCACUGAAGUCCGUUUUGUUCGUAUUUCAGUUCAUGUAAAUGUAAUCUAAUGUAAAGUUCAAAAAGUAUAGAAUGUUUUGUUUUAAAAAAAAGACAAUAGUUUGUAUAACUUCUGUAUUACACCUCUUCUGUAGUCAUUGUUGAUAUUUUCACCUAUUUGAUUCAAUGUUGAAUUAAGCUAUCUGUGUUGUUCUUUGAUAUUGGAGUUAGCGUUGUGUCGGUAACAACUUUUCAUUUCUUUUAUUUCUGUUGUUUUUGUCAUCGCUGACUGAAAGUGAAAGAACUGAUUUCUCUUAGUUCAAACUAUCUUACACAAUAAAGUUUCCCAUUUUUCAACGCUCA